AUGGGCAGUGUCUCUGUCCCUCUGGGAGCCUCUCAGGAACCCUCAGCCAGUCCCGAGUUGGCAGACACCGGGGGGAACCCCGACACGGCCGACAGCGGGGAGACACUCUCCCAAGCCCUGAGGUCGGGGGCCGUUGCUGGUCCCGGGCCGAGCGCUGACAGCCGCGUCCCGCCCGCAGGGACGGCGCAGGAGGCCCUGCAGGAGCGGUACCGGCUGGGAUCGCUGCUGGGACGCGGCGGCUUCGGCAGCGUCUUCGCAGCCACGCGGCUCUCGGACGGCGUCCCGGUGGCCAUCAAACGCGUGCCGAGGGAUCGCAUCCGGCACUGGGGCGAGCUGCCCGACGGCACCAGCGCACCCCUGGAGAUCGUGCUGCUGGCCAAGGUGUCCUGUGGCUGUGGCGGUGUCAUUCAGCUCCUGGAGUGGCUUGAGCUCCCCGACAGCUUCCUGCUGGUGCUGGAGCAUCCGGAGCGGUGCCAGGAGCUCUCGGGUUUCCUGGCGGAGCGGGGGUUCCUGCCGGAGGAGGAGGCGCGGGGGCUGUUCUGCCAGGUGCUGGAGGCCGUGCGGCACUGCACCAGCUGCGGGGUCCUGCACCGGGACAUUAAGCCCAAGAAUGUCCUGGUCGACCUGGCCAGCGGGCAGCUGAAACUGAUUGACUUUGGCUGUGGCGCCUUCCUCCAAGACACAGCCUACACCCAGUUUGCAGGAACCCUGUCCUAUAGCACACCAGAGUGGAUCCAGCACCAAUGCUACCACGGCGAGGCAGCCACGAUCUGGUCCCUGGGCCUCCUGCUGUGCCACCUGGUCAUGGGGAAGCACCCAUUCAGGAGGGGCCAGGAGAUCAUCCGGGGGCGAAUCUUGUUCCCACGAUGGCUCUCUCAAGAGUGCCAAGAUGUUAUUAAGAGGUGUUUGUCCAUGCAACCCUCGGACAGGCCAUCCUUAGAAGAGCUUUUCUGUCAUCCUUGGGUGAAGGGUGUUUCCCUGCCCUAG